UGGUAAAGUGUUGUAGCGCAGUUACUACUGUUAUCAUCCAUCCCAUCAUCAAUUAUGGUGAAAAUCGCAAGUGAGCUCCAAACAAGCGCCCGUGUCCCUGUCCGUGUGUUGGGUUUCGUUUUCACUGCUCAUUUCGCUUUUCUUCUUCCUCCUCCUCCUGUUGGCUUCCUCCAAGUAUUGCCUGCUCAUUCAAUCUAGAGAACAAAAAAGAAAGAAAUAAACAGUAAAAGAAGGAAAGACAGAGUCUUUUUUUUUUUGGGUCCAGACGGAUACACUGCUGCGAGAAACCAUCCAGACCAGACUGACCUGACCGCCUACUUCUUCUGCUUCUUCUUCUUAAUAACAUAACAUACAGAGUAAUAUCGUCAUGGGCUGUUGUGAAUCCAAAUUUCAGUCGGAGACUUACCCAGAGAAGGAGAAGGAGAAGGAGAAGGAAAAGGAAAACAACAUCGAGCCCCACAACCACAAUCAUAAAACCUUGACCACCCCACCCUUCCUCCACCCACCUCCUGCUACUCCUACUGCCGAACCUGUCCCGGGAACCAUCGCCGGAGUCCCCUCUUUCUCUGAGUUCCCUUUAGCAGACCUCAAAGCUGCCACCAACAACUUCAGCUCCGACUUCAUAGUCUCGGAAAGCGGCGAAAAAGCCCACAAUCUUGUGUACAAAGGCCGCCUCCAGAACCGCCGCUGGAUCGCCGUCAAGAAGUUCACCAAAUUGGCCUGGCCCGACCCCAAACAGUUCGCGGAGGAGGCGUGGGGUGUGGGGAAGUUGAGGCAUCGGAGGCUGGCUAAUUUGAUUGGGUAUUGCUGUGAUGGGGAUGAGAGGUUGUUGGUUGCUGAGUACAUGCCCAAUGAUUCUCUUGCUAAGCACUUGUUUCACUGGGAGAGUCAGACCAUUGAAUGGGCCAUGCGUUUGAGAGUAGCACUUCAUAUAGCUGAAGCCUUAGAGUAUUGCAGCAAUGAAGGACGUCCAUUAUAUCAUGAUCUAAAUGCUUACAGAGUUCUAUUUGAUGAGGAUGGUGAUCCACGGCUGUCAUGUUUCGGAUUGAUGAAGAAUAGUAGGGACGGUAAAAGUUAUAGCACAAAUCUUGCUUAUACUCCUCCAGAGUAUUUAAGAAAUGGAAGGGUUACAGCAGAGAGUGUUAUGUACAGUUUUGGUACUGUUCUUUUGGAUUUGCUAAGUGGAAAGCACAUCCCUCCAAGCCACGCUCUUGAUAUGAUACGGGGUAAAAAUAUCUUUUGUUUAAUGGAUUCACAUCUGGAGGGAAAGUUCUCCACAGAAGAAGCAAUUGUAGUUGUCGGUCUAGCCUCUCAAUGCUUGCAAUCUGAACCUAGGGAACGGCCCAGUACAAAGGACCUAGUUUCUAAACUAGGUCCAUUACAGCCCAAAUCUGAUGUUCCGUCUCAUGUCAUGCUUGGAAUUUCGAAGCAUGAGGAAACCCCGUUGACUCCACAACGUCCUCUCUCUCCAAUGGGAGAGGCCUGUUCCAGGAUGGACCUCACGGCAAUCCAUCAGACACUGGUCAUGACGCACUACCGGGAUGAUGAAGGAACAAAUGAGUUGUCUUUUCAAGAGUGGACCCAGCAAAUGAAGGAUAUGUUGGACGCAAGGAAACGUGGAGACUUUGCUUUCCGUGAUAGGGAUUUUAAAAUUGCCAUAGAUUGUUAUUCACAGUUUAUAGAUGUUGGUACCAUGGUGUCUCCAACCGUUUAUGCUAGGCGGAGCCUGUGUUAUCUGAUGUGCGAUCAACCGGAUGCCGCCCUUAGGGACGCAAUGCAAGCUCAGUGUGUGUACCCAGAUUGGCCAACAGCUUUCUACAUGCAGUCGGUGGCGCUGGCCAAACUGGACAUGCACCAGGAUGCUGCUGACAUGCUGAAUGAGGCUGCUGGGCUGGAAGAGAAAAGGCAGAAAGGUGGGAGAUCAGGAUCAUCAUGAAAAUAAAACCAUAUCUACAAAGGCAUGGCCUCAUUGAUUUGAUCUCGUCUUUUUUUUUUAUUCAAUCUGUAAAAUCGGAAUAGAAAGCUGUAGUUAUUUCUUUGUCAUUUCAAUUGUAUCAUAGAGAAUGUGUUCAGGGCUGCAUCAGUGGAAAGCUUGUUUAGUCUGGGCUCUCCCGGGUUAAUAUUUUACGUGCACUGUACAAGUCAUAAGCUUUUCAUAUUUCAUAGUUCA